UCCCUGUCCCAUGAUACAGACAGGGUUGAUUCCAAGCGCGCAUGCCGACCUCGUUACCGACGCUGCAUACGAUUUCUACGGCCUCCGCCUAGCCACUUGUAGUUUGGACCAAAGAAUCAAAAUAUGGCAGCUCGACGAACAGAACGGGACAUGGUCUGUCGAGGAUGACUGGAAAGCGCACGAUGCCGCGGUAUCGAAAGUCAGCUGGGCGCAUCCUGAAUUUGGAUCCAUCAUCGCUUCUUCGUCUUUCGACCGCACCGUCAAAGUAUGGGAACAAGUCGUUGUCGGUGAGCUGAACGGCGCCGCAACUUCUCAGGCAGGAUCGUCUUCGUCUCGAUGGGUGGAGAAAGGGAUCCUUCAUGAAGCUCGAGGGACCGUACGGGCUGUCGAGUUUGCACCUCAUUACUUUGGGCUGAAAUUGGCGGCGAUAGCCUCUGAUAAUUUUCUGAGAAUUUACGAAUGCUACGAGUCUCCUUCGGGGACACCAUGGCAGCUCGCAGAAGAGAUCGAUGUCAACGCUGUGCCGACGUCGUCCUCUCCCUCCUUCCUUUCACGAGCGCAUACAGCUGCCGUCGCAACACCGACGCAAACGAGUUCUAGCGCAGAAGGUGCCCCGGCGCCUCUCAUCGCCCAAGCUCUUCUCCAGCAACAGUCGACAAGCCAGACGAAGCCUGGAAUGGGCAACAGGGAAGCAGACGGUGGCUGGUGUGUCUCCUGGUGCAAAGACAGGUAUUGGGGAGAGGUCCUGGCGACUAGCUGUGGCGUCAGUGGGGUCGUCAAGAUCAUCCAACUCUCCCCUUCUCGAAGACCAGCGACCAUCCUUGUCUUGGAUCCCUCACCUGCUGCACAGAACGGCACGCCUUCCGCCGAGCCGUCUGCGACACUCGCACAGACAGAGGCAGAGCGUUCUACUGCAUUUGCUAUCACUUCCGUCGCUUGGGCUCCUUCAUGCGGUAGGUCGUACCACCUCAUCGCAACCGGAGGACGAGACGGAAGAGUGAAGAUCUGGAAAGUCAAACCUUCCGUCGAAGAACCCGAGACUGGUGAUGAGGACGCCGUGGAGUCCGAUGAAGGGAACCGGUGGUCUGCCACGAUUGUGGCGGACUUUGAUCAGCACAAGUCGUCCGUGGGCCGUGUAGAAUGGAACAUAACAGGGACUGUUCUUUCUUCGGCUGGUAAUGAUGGUCGUAUUCGAUUGUGGAAGGCUACCUCGGGAGGCAGCAUAUGGCGACCCGCGGGAAGCAUCGGAGUUGAACAGGCGGAAGCGGAGGAUAAAAGCCAGGGCGAGGACAAAGAUGUAGAGAUGCAUUCUUGAUGGGUGGAAGCUCAGAUUGGUUUCUUCUCGCGUAUUUGAUGUCCUCGCUGAAUAUUCAAGUACCCGCAGUUUAAUUUGAAUACGGAAG